UUUUCAAAAAUUAUAGUCCUCCCUAGUCACCCACUCCAUGCUCAGCCAGUAACACCACCAUUUCUUCUUCCUCUUCUUCUUUUCUUCUUAUAAUCUAAAAAUCCAAUUUAAUCUUCACUUUUUUCAUUCUUCAAAAUUCCCUUUUCCUCAAAAUCCAAAACCCUAGCUACAGCAAUCACCACUUCAAUUCCCUUUCCCUUCACCUCCUAGGGUUUCUCUCACCUUCCACGAUCUCUGAUUCAGGUGGUGGACAAAAACGACGUCGAUUUGCGACGAUGAGCUCGCAGAAGAAGAGGACUUUUCAGAUAGAAGCGUUCAAGCACCGCGUGGUGGUGGAUCCUAAGUACGCUGAGAAGACCUGGAAGGUUCUGGAACAUGCAAUCCACGAAAUAUAUAACCAUAAUGCUAGUGGCCUUAGCUUCGAAGAGCUCUAUAGGAAUGCAUACAAUAUGGUUUUACACAAAUUUGGGGAGAAACUUUACUCAGGACUUGUGACGACCAUGACUUCUCAUCUUAAAGAAAUUUCUCAGUCAAUUGAAUCUGCCCAAGGAGAAAUUUUCUUGGAAGAGCUUAACCGGAAGUGGAUCGAUCAUAACAAGGCUUUGCAAAUGAUCCGAGACAUAUUGAUGUACAUGGACAGAACUUUCAUACCAAGCAGCCAUAAAACUCCUGUUCAUGAACUUGGGUUGAAUCUGUGGAGAGAUGUUGUGAUCCACUCCAGCAAAACUCAAGCUAGGCUUAGAGAUACACUUCUUGAGCUUGUGCUCAGAGAGAGGAAUGGUGAAGUAAUAAACAGAGGCUUGAUGAGAAACAUAAUAAAAAUGCUAAUGGAUUUGGGUUUGUCUGUUUACCAAGAGGACUUUGAGACAUUUAGAAGUGAGAUAAAGAUAACCAAUGUGGUGGAGAAGGAGAUGAUUGACAGUCAUAUGCACACGCUAGUACAUAUGGAGAACUCAGGCCUAGUUAAUAUGCUUGUGGAUGACAAAUAUGAGGACUUGGGAAGAAUGUAUAGUCUAUUUCGUAGAGUGCCUACUGGGCUUACAGUUGUUAAAGACGUGAUGACUGCUUUUGUACGGGAUACAGGUAAGCAGCUAGUCAUGGAUCCUGAAAGGUUGAGAGAUCCUGUGGACUUUGUACAGCGUCUCUUGGAUUUGAAGGAUAAGUAUGAUAAGAUUAUUAACAUGUCAUUUACCAAUGACAAGACAUUCCAGAAUGCCUUGAAUUCCUCUUUUGAACAUUUCAUCAAUUUGAAUGCUCGGUCUCCAGAGUUCAUUUCCUUGUUUGUGGAUGACAAACUCCGCAGAGGGUUGAAAGGAGUUGGUGAGGAGGAUGUGGAGAUUGUAUUGGACAAAGUAAUGAUGCUAUUCCGGUACCUUCAAGAAAAGGAUGUGUUUGAAAAGUAUUACAAGCAACACUUGGCAAAAAGGCUUCUUUCUGGAAAGACCAUAUCUGAUGAUGCAGAGAGGAGUUUGAUUGUCAAGCUCAAAACAGAGUGUGGAUAUCAGUUCACUUCUAAGUUGGAGGGUAUGUUUACCGACAUGAAGACUUCCUAUGAUACAAUGCAAGGUUUCUAUGCAUCCCAAUCUGAUGUGGGAGAUAGCCCUUCUCUAGUUGUACACGUUCUUACGACAGGUUCAUGGCCAACUCAACCUAGCCCUCAGUGUAAUCUUCCAUCAGAACUCUUGGGCGUAUGUGAGAAGUUUCGGGCUUAUUAUCUUGGCACGCACAAUGGUAGAAGACUGUCUUGGCAAACAAAUAUGGGGACUGCUGAUUUAAAGGCAACAUUUGGUAAGGGCCAGAAGCACGAGCUGAAUGUUUCCACAUACCAGAUGUGCGUACUGAUGCUUUUUAACAAUGCUGAUCGCUUGACUUGUAAGGAGAUUGAGCAAGCAACGGGGAUACCCUUACUGGACCUGAAGAGGUGCCUUCAGUCUCUGGCCUGUGUCAAAGGAAAGAAUGUUCUUCGAAAAGAGCCCAUGAGCAAGGACAUCGCCGAGGAUGAUACAUUCUUCUUUAAUGACAAAUUCACAAGCAAGUUCUUCAAGGUAAAGAUAGGUACUGUUGUCGCCCAGAGGGAGUCCGAACCUGAAAAUCUUGAAACUCGGCAAAGGGUGGAAGAAGACAGAAAACCGCAGAUUGAGGCGGCAAUUGUGAGGAUAAUGAAAUCCAGGAGGACCCUAGAUCACAACAACAUCGUCGCCGAGGUCACAAAGCAGCUGCAGUCAAGAUUUUUGCCUAAUCCAGUUGUUAUUAAAAAACGGAUUGAAUCCCUUAUAGAGCGUGAGUUUUUGGAGAGGGACAGAGUGGACAGAAAACUGUACCGCUACCUUGCUUGAACAAUGUGUUACUGUCUUCCACUGCCAAAUUCAUUUUGGCGUGCAACCUAUGUGACAUUUUGUCUGUCAUAUAAGCUUGAAUGCCCUUCACAAUUUGCCGCAAGAAGUGGCUAUCCCUUGAAUAUUCAAAAAAAAAAAAAUCGCCUGUUAGAUUAACCCUUUGUGGAGGCUUCACAAUUUAGAGUAAUUUUUUUUAGCAUCUUACGUUUCUCAAUAAUAUUAUACUCAUCGAUAAUUUUGGAUUGGAUUUGUUUAAUCAAAUCCUACUUGGAGGAAGCUUUUACAAGAAAUUAUAAAAUCUUGUGCAUAUUUCAAGAA